GCUCCUAUGUUUAGUUUGUUGCGCGAAAAUGGCGGAUGUUGUUGUACGUGUGUGUUAUAUGUUGUGUCUGUUAUUGAGUACAGGUUACUUGGACAUUACGAUAGCACAUACGGAAGGUAAAUUUAAACAACAUUUGGAUAUAAGUACUGAACAACAUCCUGCUCCAGACUUCACCCGGCACACACUUAUCAAGCCCAGAAUAUACCAUGGGAGAGAAAAAAGACAAAUUUCUUCAACGAAGGAAGAGUCUGGUUAUCAUAUUCAAAACCUACAAAUACAAUAUGAUCUCAGAGGCAAAGACUACACAUUAGACUUACAACUAAACAGGGACCUAAUACCUAAGAACUUCUUUCACAGGGUACAAGAGAACGGCAAGUCCGUACUUAAAAAUCUAUCUGAAAAGGAUGUGGAGCUGUGUCACUACAACGGCAAGAUAAGGGGUGUCCCAGAUUCCUUCGCUGCACUAUCGACGUGCGACGGUCGUCUAACCGGUGUCGUUUACGAUGGCGAGGAUAUGCAUUACGUCGAAGGAAACGGAAAUAGCAUCGAGGAUUAUCACUAUUUGUACAGUCAUUCUGAUAUUGAUGAUCAAACGAAUAAAACUUGUGGAUAUAAAGGUGAUGCCCAUCAAGAAAAAAUCCAUGAUGAACAUAAUAGAAUUCUCAGGUAUAAACGCGAAACUAAAACGCCAAUCCGUGGACCGUAUAAUGCUAACAAACAAUCGAGAUACAUUGAAUUAAUAUUGGUCGUAGAUAAUACGUUGUAUAAGGAUCUGGGGGAAAAUAGCGGUAAAGUAGAAAAAUACUGCAAGGAUAUCACCAACAUAAUCAAUUCGUUGUACGCCCCAUUAAACAUAUUCAUAGCUCUUGUUGGUGUAGUCACCUGGAACGAUGGUGACGAAAUCGAUAUCGCAUCCGAUGGGGAUGUUACUUUAGCACAUUUUUUGCAUUAUAGAAGAGAAAUUUUAAUGAAAUCACAUCCGAAUGAUAAUGCACAAUUAAUAACGAAAAAAACCUUCAAUAACGGCGUAGUUGGAAAAGCUUUAAAAGGUCCUAUUUGUACAUACGAAUAUUCUGGAGCUGUCAACAGUAAGCAUUCGCAACUUAUCGGAUUGGUUGCUGCUACAAUUGCCCAUGAAAUGGGACACAAUUUUGGCAUGGAACAUGACACCAAUGAAUGUAGAUGUCCUGAAGAGAGAUGUAUAAUGGCGCCGAGUAGUUCAACGAUUCCUCCAAAACAUUGGUCGAGUUGUAGUUUAGAUUAUUUAGCAUUAUCUUUCGAACACGGUAUGGAUUAUUGUUUGCGAAAUAAACCGGAAUCUCUCUUUGGAAGUCCCGUUUGUGGAAAUGGUUUCGUUGAAUCCGGGGAACAAUGCGACUGUGGUCUUCCAGACCACUGUAACAAUUCUUGUUGUAACGCGACCACUUGUAUGUUGAAUGCUAACGCUAGUUGCGCUACAGGAGAAUGUUGUGACCUCAAUACAUGCAAACCCAAAAAAGCAGGAACGUUGUGUCGAUCUAACGACAUCGAAUGUGAUUUACCCGAAUAUUGUACAGGCCAAUCAGAAUAUUGCCCAGAUGAUAAUUACAAAAUGGAUACGGAACCUUGUAAUAACGGAAAAGCUUAUUGUUAUCGAGGAUUUUGUCGCACCAGAUCUGAUCAAUGCAAAUUACUCUGGGGAAUUACCGGUAAAUCUAGUGCUGAUGAAUGUUAUAGACAAAAUAGUAAAGGUGCUCGAGAUGGAAAUUGUGGCUACAACAAAUUAAACCAAGUUUAUUCAAAAUGUCAAAACGAACAUGUACUUUGCGGAAUGCUUCAUUGCGUACAUUUAAAUGAAAGAUUAGAAUUCGGUAUGGAAUCAGUUGCAAUUUUAUCGCAAAGUUACAUCAAUAUUAACGGUUCGAUCGUGCCGUGUAGAACGGCUUUGGUCGAUCUUGGCUUAAACCAAAUCGAUCCGGGUUUAGCACCCGAUGGGGCAAAAUGCGGCGAUGGAAAAAUGUGUGUAAACCAAAAAUGCUUACCUGUAGCAAAUUUACGAGCUCAAGGAAAAACUUGUCCGAACGAUUGUAACGGAAACGGCGUCUGCAACAAUUUGGGUCAUUGUCAUUGUAAAGACGGAUUUGCCCCACCUUAUUGCGAUUAUCCCGGCGUUGGUGGUUCCGAAGAUAGUGGACCAGCAUCAGAUCCUAACGCCCAAACGAUGUUUGUGAAAGUGGUCUACAUCAUUUUCUUAGUUAUCGUCCCAAUUCUAGCGUUAAUAGCGUUCCUGGCGUAUUACACCAGACACAAUUUGAAGUUUACCUGGUCGAAAACACCCUCAAUGAGCAACAAACCAGUCGUGAAACCUCGAACGCCGCCGUAUCAACAAAAAACGCCAAAACGGUCCACAGAAGACAACCACUCCCUUUUAACGGAAGAACCUUUGAAAAACGACUUUUUCGGUCAUUUCAACGGGUUUACGAUUUCGCCAAAGAAAACGGAACCCAUUCGACCAGCUCCUCCUGUACCUGCAACCCCGGUAGCACCACCAUUUAAAAGCCCAAGCUUCAACAGAACGAGCAACGUGAAUAAACCAAUUGCGCACAUCGUUCCUCAUAAACCAAUUAAUACCACCGCUCCAAAUUCACUUACAACAGCCGUUGAUGUCAUUAACGCAACUACAAUAGCUCCAGCUUUACCACCAUUAAACCCAGGGUCGAAUCCACGACCGAUAAUCUCUUCGCCGAUAUUAGAAAAUUCAACUUGUACGGCGAAAGAAUUAAUAUCCCCGUUGAAAAAUGCAGCGCCCAAAUUGCCUUCGAGACCGGCACCGGAAGCGCCACCACCGAUAAAAGAACGACCUUUAUCGGCUGAUGUAACACCUGUAGUUACGUUUGCGGAUGAGAAGAAGGUGUUAAAUGGUAAUGCUUUGAACCGAAUCGCUUCGUUUUUGUCGAAACAAACCGAUAAGAAGCCCGUUAUUAUAAAUAACACAAAUUCUUUGCCGAGGAACAAAAAAAUCGAUAAAUCAACAUUGAGGACGUUGGAAAUUUCGAAUCCAAUCCCACAAAGUGAGAUUAAAGCGGAAAAUGCUCUCCCCGCUGGGGAAAACAGCAAAGCUGUUGUUAUGCGAGCACAAAGUAUGCGCCAAACAAAUUCGACCCGACCGGCCAUUCCAACUUUUGGUUCGAUGCGACAAACUAAUGGAUUUAAACGCCCUGUUAGUAUUCCAUCGGGAAAUAGACCAAAAAGUCCACCACCCCCAAGACCCCCAGUGCCAGAUUUAGACGACAAAAAUAAGAAUUUCAUUAAAAUCCCCGGAUUACCAGGUUACCAAGAACCUUGUACCGACAAAAAAGCGAAUCAAUAUGACGAUUGUUUAAACGAAGCUAAAAACAAAUCGCCUUCAAACGACAAUAUUUACGCAGUAAUCGAAGAAUCACCAACAAACACGAGUUGCGUUACUUCACCAGAGUCGAAGAAAAGCUUGGGGAUUCCAAGCAAUUCGGGAUCGAAUGAAAGUUUUGGGUUAUUAGGUGAAAUAGUUUCUGAAAUACAAAAUCGCAACUUUGAUUCUAUUUAUUCCACUUCGACUUUGGCAAGGAAGAAAAAAGAGCAAGAAGAAAUUGAUAAACUUAGCAAAAAAGAUGAUACUUAUGUAAAUACGUCAUCUAUAUACGCUAAAUCCCCAGAAAGCGUUUAUAGUAAUAUGAACAAUAUAAAAUCGUGUGAUAGUACUAGUUCUAGUGGCUACAUUCAUCCAUCAGCAAUAAAUACGCCUAAGAUUGAAAAGAAGCUUGAAACAAAAAUUGAGCCAAAAAUCGAAACAAAACCACCAAUGAGUACAUUUAAAGGCGAUGUAAAAGAAGAGGAAACAAAAACAAAACCAACAACCACAAAAACUAGAUUAGAUCGACAACCAACUCCCCCAAAUUUACGAACAAGAAAACCAUCACCAACAAGACCACCAAGUAGUCAAAGCAUUAAUAAAAAUACAAUAAAAUCAACUACACCAAAACCAACCUCGAAUAGUCCAGAUUUAGUGACUAGUUGUUCAAAUAAAAAGCCAUUGGGAACGAAACCACCAGAUGUUUUAAAUAAUAGUGUUAAAAAGCCGGCGACGAUUCCCAUAAAACCCAACCUCGUAUCUAAAGGUGUAUCAAAAGUGAAUAAAACGGUUAGUUUAAAGACUGACGUUAAACCCGAAACAAAAUCGGUACCUAAAGUAACAAAAACUAAUUCGGAAUCAAUAAAAUCGAUGCCCACCGGUGCGAGAUUGGCGGCGAAACAACAAUCGACGGUGGCUUCGUUGCAGCAAAAGUUUGAAAAUAAACCACCUAUAAGUGCUAAAACGGUAGCUUCUAAGAGUAAAUAAAAAAAAUCUUUGUAAAUAUCUAUUGUUUAAAUUUAAGGCUAUUUAUGAACUGAAAGUAUAACAAAAGUUUUUUUUCUUAAAAAGCUUUUGAUCUACUGUGUAGAUGAGAAUUUAUCAAAAAAAAUCGAUAUAACUUAUACACGUCCUAGUCUCUAAGUUAUUUUUUCAAAGUAUUUGCGUUGGCUGCUGCCCUCUUUUUACAAUCAGACAAUCACAUCUGAAUAUUUUGUACGUGACUACUAUGUAAGUUAGACGAAACGAAGGAAAAAGAGGAAAAACGAUUAACUCUUUUCGUUUAAUUUUCAUUUCUUUGUACAUAUAUACCAAAGAGCGUAAAUUUAUUAUUGACUAUAUUAGCGCCGUGUUUAUAUAGAAUUGCGUUCCUUCGACAUAUUAUUUAUAAGCGCGAUCUUAGUUGUUGUAAGACUCUCUCAUAACUUAGCCCGUUUUUUUUUAGUAAAGAUGAUUGGACCCUUUUGUAAAUAAUAUAAAAGUGCAUUUAUUAUUGUCGAUAAUAA